CUGGAAUUUCAGCGCGUGACGUCACCGCCUGAAACUCUCCCACAGUUUGGAUGAAGAAGUUUGACUUUUUGUUUUCCUGCUUUGUGUUGGGAUUUUCAGCGUCUUCUCCCCACGUUUCCUAGAAAGCGAGAUCAAAACGCGGCAAAGAGCUUCAGCUGCCUUCCAGAAAUUCCCACUAUUCAAAGAGGUGUGUGAUUCUGCAGUUAAGACCAUCACUAGUGGAAAAUUUUAGAACCAUGUGGACCCAGGCGAACGAGCAGACAGGACAAAUAUCUGCCAGAAUGGAGACCACUCCGUCGUUGGGCAGCAUCUCCAUCUCUCAGCAGCAGGCACCCAAGAAGUUUGCCCCUGUGGUUGCACCAAAACCCAAGUUCAACCCUUUCAAACAGAUGGGAGACUCUGCCCAGUCUGACUCAGCAGCGGACUACCCUCCCCCUCCGCCACCUGCUGAAGAGUCAACUGGUUUCCCAUCAUUGCCUGCUUCCUUCCCGCCUCUGCCGCUGGACAACUUGUACGAAUACCAGAUUAAAGGACCUGAGAAGACCCUGGAAGAGAGGCGCUCCAGUCUGGAUGCAGAGAUCGACUCACUCACCAGCAUCUUGGAAGACCUGGAGAGCAGCUCACCCUACAAGCCCCGGAGUGCACAGACAGCUGCAUUGUCGGCGGGCUCCACCCAUAAUGCUCCAGUGACUGGUUACAAACGUAUGGUCAUUCCAAAUCAGCCACCUCUAACUGCUACGAAGAAGUCUACACCUAAACCUCAGACUCCAGGGGGAGUCUCCACAGCCUCAUCUCCUCCCCCUGUCAGCCCAGUUCCCAAGCCUCAAAACCCAAUGGCUCCUCAGCCUGUUCCAGCUUCUUAUACCACAGCAUCCACUCCAAGCCAGCCUACCUUUAAUGUCCAGGUGAGGUCGGCCCAGCACGGCCCCCAGCAUCAAGCUCCGGGGCACCAUUUUGGCCAACAGCCAGUUCGAAGCCCUGGACAGGUGCAGUACAUGCCUGCCCAACCAAAAGUUCCCGAUUUUGCUUAUGGACCACCCCAGCCUGGCUUUACCCCGAUGGGUCAUCAAGAGCAGCACCAUCCAGGAGGACUGCAAGUAGGGGGAGUUACUUCUAGGAGACCAGAUCCUGUUCCAGUCCAAGCAUACCAGCCUCCAGGCCCCAAGAAAACCCACCUUACAGAUGCGCUCUCAAGCUUGGCUCCAUAUACCUCUGGACCAGUGGUUCCACCUAAGGGUGGUACUCCCAUGGCUCACCCAGAAGAUGAGCUGGAACGCUUGACCAAGAAGAUGCUGUUUGACAUGGACAACCCUCCAUCUGAGGAAUAUUUUGGACGCUGUGCCAGCUGUGGGGAGAAUGUGGUAGGUGAAGGCACCGGCUGCACGGCCAUGGACCAGGUCUUCCAUGUCAGCUGCUUCAUCUGCAUGACCUGCGGCACCAAGCUGCGUGGCAAGCCCUUCUACGCCAUGGAGAAGAAGGCGUACUGCGAGCCUUGCUAUAUCAACACCCUGGAGACCUGCAACGUCUGCAGCAAGCCCAUCAUGGAGCGCAUCCUGCGUGCGACAGGAAAGGCCUACCACCCUCACUGCUUCACCUGCGUGGUGUGUCACCGCAGCCUGGAUGGGAUUCCCUUCACCGUGGACGCCUCCAACCACAUCCACUGCAUCGAAGACUUCCAUAAGAAGUUUGCUCCACGCUGCUGUGUGUGCUCUGAGCCCAUAAUGCCGGCACCGGGCCAGGAAGAGACCGUUCGCAUUGUGGCUCUGGACCGCGACUUCCACGUCCAGUGUUACCGCUGUGAGGACUGUGGCUCUCUGCUCUCUGAAGGGGACAACCAGGGCUGCUACCCACUGGACGGACACGUCCUCUGCAAAAACUGUAACACCAGCCGCAUCCAGGCCCUGACCGCUAAGGCCACCACUGACCUCUGAGCACCCCCACCCCCCUCAGUCACCUCCACUGUGAUCCUGCAGCACGCACUCUUUCUGUAUUUUACUCGCAAACAUACCCGUCCACACCAGCCUGCAUCCUUCAGCACUCACGUGCACACGCUGUCUGUUUUAAAUGAAAGUAGCCUCACAGCUUCAUGUUGGACCAAAUCAUUUGGAGUUUCAGCCAUUUUUAAAUGAGUUUCUGUGGAAAGCUUGUGAAGAAUUAAUAUCUUACCUGUUGUAGAUAGCUCUUUAAAUGACUUCUGUUUUGUGUAACGGUUUAAUUCUGACCAGACCGUUGAGCCAGUUUAUCUCGAACCAAAGUGGACUGCUCCCGUCCUAAAACAACAAUCUACAAACUUUCACAACUCUCACACAAAUGCUGUUUCAUAAAACCUUUUUUUUUAUUAACUUUUAUCAAUAAUAUACAUUUUAAAUUAGAGAGAAAGAAGAUGUCAUG